AGUGUCACAUGUUACCAACGGAAGGAGACAGCUUGACACGCCAGCAACCUCUAAAAACCCACCCCCGGACGUGUAGCUGAAGACAGUUACGAGCGACAAUGGCGACUGAUGACAGCCAGGCAACUCUGAAGUCAUGGCUGAAUGGUGCCACAGACCCAAGGAACCAGGAGGACAGAUGGGACUGCAUCCAGGGCUUCUAUCAGCUGGUCAACAAGGAGGCUGAUGGUCCACAGGUGGCGCUUAGUCUUCUUGUACAUAAAAUCCAGUCUCCCCAGGAAAAAGAAGCGUUGCAAGCUCUGACUGUUCUGGAGGCGUGCAUGAGUAACUGUGGCAAGAGGUUCCACGGAGAAGCGGCAAAGUUUCGGUUCCUCAAUGAACUCAUCAAAGUCUUGACGCCAAAGUACUUUGGCUCAUGGACUCCCCAGAAGGUUAAAGAUCGACUGACUGAGGUUCUGUACGGCUGGACGCUCUGGCUGAAAGAGGAAACCAAGAUUCAGGAAGCCUACUCCAUGCUGAAGAAACAAGGCUUCAUAAAGAAAGAUCCAGAACGACCAGAAACUGUCACAAUGGCUCCUCCACCGCAAAGAAGUACAGACUCUGUCUUUGACCAAGUAGAGAAAGCCACGAUGUUAGCCAGGUUAUUAAAAAGUGGACACCCUGAAGACCUGGAGACAGCCAACAGCCUCAUAAAAAGCACAAUGAAAGAGGAACAGGAGAAAGCUGAGAAAGUGUCCAAGCGGGAAUCCAUCCUGAAGGAAGUUGAAAGCAGUACUAUGCAGCUCAGAGAGAUGUUGGACCAACAUACAGUCACUGGAUCGUCCUUACAGCCUAGUGAUGAUUUAAAGGUCUUGUACGAUAGCUGUGAGCGACUCAGGCCGAGGCUUUUUCGCCUGGCAAGCGACACGGUGGAUGACGACGACGCUCUGACACAGAUCCUGUCCGCCAACGACGAUCUCACACUUGUCGUCAGUGCCUACAAAGAGCAAUUGGGAAAAGGGCAGUGUAAUGGAAGGAGCAAAAGUGAAGAAGCAGCGACAAAUAAAACUCCUACAAGUCCCAGAGAGAUUAAGAGCUACCACCUCAUCGACCUCUCGGCUUUCGACUCGCCGCAGACGGACAGAAAAGCUGACUCGCCUUCUGACUCACCCGUCUUCUACGCUCAUCUGGAAAGCACUUGCAACUCUGUGACUGAGCAGAGCGCUCCUGAGUCAGGCAAGUUACUUCUUCUGUCUCCAAAAUCGUAUUGUGACGACCUGAUGCAGUUGAAUGGAGGAGUCGAUGGAGAGAGUACAGAGCAGAGUGUGGAGAGUGGCCCCUCGCUGAUAGCCCGUGGUUGUGGGGGUAGCAAUUGUUCAUCAAAUGGGACAGACAUUCGGUCACACAAUCAGACAUUUACAAGCUUGGGAUCAUCUUCCAGUCACUGUCAACCUCCGGGACAUUCAGAGGAAAGCAUUUGUCCGCAGAAUGUGCUUGAAAACGUCUUAGUUCCAAUGGAGAGCAUCAGGUCAAGUCAGUUGGAACCCAUCACCAUAUACGACCAAGGUGGGGUCCACGUCUCGCUCCAUUUUGCGAGAGACUCCCCGCGCGGUCAUCCCAGUGUUGCUGUGGUCGUCCUCUCCACUGUGAACACGUCCUCCCUGGAGGUGAAAGAUUUUUUGUUUCAAGCUGCUGUGCCAAAGACCAUGUCAGUGAAACUUCAAACUGCAUCAACAACAUACAUGCCUUCGUACAACCCCCUCUUGCCCCCACCUGCCAUUGCACAAGUGCUCCUGUUAGCUAAUCCAGAGACGCGUAAAGUUCGCCUUCGCUACAAACUCACACUGACACAUGGACGCCAACAGUUGAACAAGACCGGAGAGAUACAAAACUUCCCUGACUGGACCACUAUGAUUGGCUGAUGAAAACACACACACACACACACACACACACACACACAUUCCUCUACAUAAACACUCAUGGACAUUAUUUUCUGUGGAUAAAAAUCUUUUGUCUUUGUCCCUUAUUGGGCUUGUGUUGUUGUUUUCAAGUUAUUGUGUUUUCACUCGCCAAGGAAAAGUAUUUAAUUUAAUGCAUUUCUGACAUUCCAUAUUUUCUAACAUGUCCUAAGGAGAAGUUUUUUUUUAUUAAGACAUUACUAAAUAAUCAAUUUUGUCAAUUUUAUAUUUUUUUGCCGGAUGAUACCUAAUUAAAUCUGAAGGCUGACCUGCCACCGUCGAUCUGAAUAAAAAAAAACCCAGAUGUGUUUCUAAUUUGAAACGGUAUGUGUCCAUAUGUUAACUAACAACUGUUUAUAGCACUAGAUAAUUGUAUUAAUUGGGGACGGGAGCCUUCUCAGUCAAUUAAGUUCAAAAUCAAAAGUAAACAACUUUCAUUAUUUAUGUCAACCAGUUCCACACGUUCAUAUUUUAUUGUAUGAACUUUUUUUGGUGUUUUUUUUUUUAAACAAAAUACAGUUGGAACUAGAUGACAAUAAAAUCAAAUCAAAGCAGUGGCUGGAAAGUGAAUUACACUCAAUAACCUUCAAAGU